CAUCUCAAAAUGCUGCACGAAGCUUUAAUGUUAGAAAUCUAUCGUCAAGCAUUGAAUGCGGGAGCUUUGCCAACUGCACGUCCACGUUCCACCGAAUCGGCCAAUUCAAGCGAACGUUGUCCAUCACAUGAAUCAAAUUCCUCCGAGAAUGGUAAAGAUCAUCGUGAAAAUAGUAUAAACCAACCGCCGGCCGGUGUUCUACCCCUGCCAACAUCACCUGGCGCAUUCCCUGCCAUUCCAAAUCUGCCAGCCCAACCACCAUCAAUGGAAGCAUACUUACACAUGGUAGCAGCAGCAGCACAGCAGUACGGAUUUCCCCUGGGUGCGGGUCCACGUUUACCACUUCCCAUACCACCAGAAGCAGCAGCUUUCAAGUUACCACCUCAAGCGUCUCCCACUGCUUCUAGUAAUCAUUCGGAAGCCCUAGAUUUCCGUACAAAUCCUUAUGCCCGGUCCGGUUCGGCUGAACCAGCCGCAUCCGAUGAAGAUGAGGAGGACGAAGAGGCCAAUGAUGGCAACAAUCCUUUGGAUUUGUCAUGUGGUACACGUAAACGUUCAGCUGAAGACGAAUCCGAAACAGAUGCAUCAGUUGGGCAGAUACAGGUAAAGAAAAUAUUCAAAUCUGAAAGCCCUCCAUUGGCACCAGCUCCAGCAGCCCAGCCUGUUCCACCCAACCCAAUGAUGCCUGGUGUUAAUCCUUAUUUGGCUGCCGUGGCAGCAGCCAAUAUUUUCCGUUCAGGACAGUUUCCUGAUUGGAAUGGCAAAAGUGAUUUAGUCGUAGAUCCUUUAGAGAAAAUGUCUGAUAUCGUUAAGGGGCCACGUAAGGAGAAAAAUUCUCGUAACUCCGGAAAUGCACAAACCAAUGCGGCCCAGCCUGUUACUCCUCAGCCACCUGCAGCAGCUCCCAGUAAUGUAGCUCCACCACCAGCCAGCGAAGGCAUCACCAAGACCAGACACAACAUCUGGCAGUCGCACUGGCAGAAUAAAGGUGUAGCCAGUUCCGUGUUCCGAUGUGUCUGGUGCAAACAGAGUUUCCCCACUUUGGAAGCUUUAACAACCCACAUGAAAGACAGCAAACACUGCGGCGUAAAUGUUCCUCCAUUUGGAAAUUUGCCUACAGCAAAUGAAAGGCCCCCACCACCCAAUCAACCGCCCCAAGGAGCCAAUCAUCUAAGACAGCAACAUUCUAAGGGCAACAACAAUGGUCCGUCGCAAGCUGCCAAAAAUGCAUUCCAAUUCCGUGGAGAUCCUCCCACACCACUACCCCGUAAAUUGGUGCGUGGUCAGAACGUGUGGUUGGGAAAAGGCGUUGAACAGGCCAUGCAGAUUCUAAAGUGCAUGCGCUGUGGUGAAAGCUUCCGAUCAUUGAAUGAAAUGACCAAGCAUAUGCAGGAAACACAGCAUUACACCAAUAUUCUGUCGCAAGAACAAACGAUCUCAAUGAAGUCUACACCAAAUUCUGCUGCAGGGGAAAACAAAGAAGGCCAAAGUUUGAGUUCAGAGGAAAGUCGUACUCUGAGUGCUGUGCUUACGUGCAAAGUAUGUGAUAAGGCUUUCAACUCCUUGGGUGAUCUAAGCAAUCACAUGGCCAAAAAUAAUCACUACGCUGAACCUCUGAUGCAAUCGAUGGGUGGUGCCGCCGGCAACCGCAAACGACCAGCACCUAAAAAGAGAGAAAAAUCUCUACCAGUUCGUAAGCUUUUAGAAAUGAAAGGUGCUCAGGAUCAAAUGGAACAGGAAAUGGAAAUGCAGAAAAUGCAACGUCCUGGUAUGGGUCCUGGACCAGAUAAAACGGAAGCAGCUCUAUUUGCCGAACGCAUGCGUCAAUAUAUCUCAGGCAUAAAACAAGAUGAGUCUUCCAAGAACAUGAUGUCUGCAUCGAAUGUACUUAACAAAGCAAAAUCUCCAGAUCUGAUUGAACCCAAAAAUGGUGCAAACAAGGCCAGUACAGGCUCCUCUUCAGUUCUAAGUGCCAUAGAGCAAAUGUUCACCACCAGUUUCGAUACACCACCACGUCACGCCAGCUUGCCAGCCACAAGUCCCUCGAAUUCGUCCACUAAAAAUACCUCGCCUGUGGCUUCUAAUAUAUUGAAGCGUUUGGGCAUCGAUGAAAAUGUUGACUACAACAAACCAUUGAUAGAUACAUCCGAUCCCUACUUCCAGCACUACCGUUAUACGAGCAGUGAACGCAGUGCCAGUGAAUGCAGUGCUGAAACCACGCAUAAUGAUUCCCGGAAACUGGAAAACCCCACUCCGGAAAAAUCCUUUGCUGAAGAAACAAACAACUCAACAGCCAGUAAAAUGGACUGUGACGUAGAAGUGAAACGUGAGGUCUCCACCGAAAAAUUGGAUGCCGAAGGAGCCACUAAUCUAACAGUUGACAAUGUGCCAAAAAUUAAACAAGAAAUCAAAGCUGAAAUGGACGAUGAAAUGAACAGUGAUGAGGCCCGUGCUCAGAGUCCCAAGGAGAGAUCGCCUGGCGAAAAUGUCACUUCGAAUGGGACUGACUAUUCUACAAAUAACAACAAUAAUAACACCAAAGAUUGUCCAAUCCAGUCGCCUAAGAUGGCUGCCAGCCCACAAUCACGUAUUUUACCACCACGCAGUCCCACCGACAGUCACCGCUCUAUGACACCAAAGUCUCCAGCCUCAAGCAUUAAGUCGUACGAUGGCGGCGAGAAGAAAUAUCCCAGCGACUCUCUCAACGCGCUCUCGUCCAUGUUCGAUUCUUUGGGCAGUACGACAAACUCGUCGACUCUUAGCAGCCGCCCUCAACCACAAAAUACAUCAUCGUUGCUCAGUACUAAACUCGAUUCACCAGAGAAUCUGACCACUUCCAAUUCGUUAGCCGCUUUACGUCAAUUCUGCAUUAAGAAAGAGAAAACCGCUUAAAAACGCUCUCCAACUUAUUUCGUUUUUAUUUUUCAUUUCUAUUAUGGGAAACAGUGAGAAAAACAUAUUUUUUGUUUUUGCUAUAUUUCGUUGGCAUAAAACGUCUCGCUCUCGGAGUCAGCCGCGAAAUUAUGAUUUCUGUUUUUACCAAGGGAAAACGCUCUUUUAGCU